ACGCCGGAAGUAAAUCAGCGUGCAGCGAUUGAGGCGUAGGAGCUCCGCGAUUUUAUUUUAUUCUUUAAAUCUCUUCAAAUAACAACAAUAUCAUAGGGAAAGGAAGAGGGGGAUUGUAAGCAGCUUGGCCCUCAGAGCGCCGGUGGUUUUGUUUUUGGAGUCUAUGAGGCGCGGGGCCUGGCGCCUCUCGAUGCCUCGGCCCGGGUUAUGGGUGAAGAGGCGGAUGGCGGGCCUUUGAGCUGUGCCGGGGGCGGUGGCCCGGAUCCCGAGGCCUGCAAAGACUAACAAUGCCGGGGAAGCUGAAAGUCAGGAUUGUGGCUGGCCGUCAUCUGCCGGUUAUGGACAGGGCCAGUGACCUAACCGAUGCAUUUGUAGAGGUAAAAUUUGGUAAUACAACAUUUAAGACCGAUGUGUUCCCUAAAUCUCUCAACCCCCAGUGGAAUUCAGAAUGGUUUAAAUUUGAGGUUGAUGAUGAAGACUUGCAAGAUGAACCAUUACAGAUCACGGUUCUGGAUCAUGAUACCUACAGUGCUAAUGAUGCUAUUGGAAAAGUAUACAUUGAUAUUGACCCUUUGUUAUCCAAUGAAGCUGCAGCCAUUCUGUCUGGCUGGUUUCCAAUUUAUGAUACUAUUCAUGGUAUCAGAGGGGAAAUUAAUGUUAUGGUGAAAGUAGAUCUCUUCAAUGAUUUGAACCGCUUCAGACAAUCUUCAUGUGGAGUCAAGUUCUUCUGUACUGCUUCUAUUCCUAAAUGCUAUAAAGCAGUAACGAUCCAUGGGUUUGUUGAAGAAUUGGUAGUAAAUGAGGAUCCAGAGUACCAGUGGAUUGACAGGAUACGCACACCAAGGGCAUCAAAUGAAGCCAGACAGAGGUUAAUAUCCCUUAUGUCAGGAGAAUUGCAACGAAAAAUUGGCCUAAAGGUACUUGAGAUGGGAGGCAAUGCUGUAGUGGGCUAUCUGCAGUGUUUUGACUUGGAAGGUGAAUCUGGGCUGGUGGUACGUGCUAUUGGGACUGCAUGUACACUCGAUAAAUUGAGUAACCCAGCGACAUCACUCCUACCUCCAUGUAGUUCCCCAUCCAAAGACCUGAAAGAGUCUCCUUUGGUGCAUCAGCCAAGCCACGGAUGCCGUUCGACUCACAACAGCCCAAUUCACACUGCUGCGGGCUCGAGACUAACUCAGAACUUCUCUGUAUCUGUUCCUACACUCAUCUACACUGGUAUGAGACUGCACAGGCUGAAGAGCUGGGGAGAGACGGGCCACAGACAAAGGGGUUCAGUGAGUAAAGCCAGGCAGGCAGUGGUUCCCUUCAGUGAAGAUCCCAACCCUGUUACUCAUUCAUCUGGACCCUCCACCCCACUGAAAAAUCAAACCUAUUCCUUUUCACCUUCCAAGUCCUACAGUCGACAGUCCUCCUCUUCUGACACAGACUUGAGUUUGACACCUAAAACUGCACCUUUCCCUGAGGGGCCUAGGAUUUUCCUCUUUCCCAGUUCCCCAUCCCUCUCUUCCGGUUCCCCCCAUCAUAAAAGUACACAUCUCCUUCGCUUGGAGGCUCUGCACAGCCUUACCCCUCCUCACUCUGGCUAUGCGAGCCCAGUCUGUCUGAGGAAAACUGUGUCUUUCAAUGAAGAGUUGCUUCUAACUGCCUCUGGUAUGGGAAGUGGGAGCGGUGGGAAAGAUGGAGGUCCACUGAAAGCACUCUACCGACAGCAAACUCAGUCUGCUUUUGAGCACAGGGAAUUCCCCUUCUUCACCCUUACAACUUUCCCACCUGGGUUUCUUGUUCACGUUGGUGGUGUUGUCAGUGCGAGAUCUGUGAAGCUACUGGACCGAAUCCACAACCCUGAUGAGCCUGAAACUCGCGAUGCUUGGUGGGCAGAAAUCCGACAAGAAAUCAAGUCACAUGGCAAAGCUCUUGGAUGCCAUGCAGUAGUUGGAUACAGUGAAUCAACCAGCAUCUGUGAGGAAGUCUGUAUCUUGUCUGCUUCAGGCACAGCGGCUGUACUGAAUCCAAAGAUGCUUCAAGACUGCAGCAUGGAAGGCUGCAGUGAACACAGGUUGUCAAGGCAGCCUAGCUUCUUUUCCACAGGGUCAGAGAAGGGAGAGUUUGAUUUUUUUCUUCAGUGCCAGGAUAGUGCUUCUAUAUUAGGGUUGGAUGAUACAUCAUCCCUGGGCUGCAGUUUCUGUCACGUUCCAUAUGAUGAGUUAAAUAUGCCUUUCCCUGCACACCUCACAUAUUGUUAUGUUUGUCGGAAGCAGAAGGUUCCAGAUGUUCUCUUCACCACAAUUGAACCUCCCUUGGAAGCGGCAGUAACUGGAAAAGGCUGCUUAAUUCAGGCUAGGCUAUGUCGUCAAAAGAAAAAAACUCAGGGUGAGGCCAAUGCCACAGCAAUAAGCAAUCUGCUGCCAUUUAUGGAGUAUGAACUUCACACCCAGCUGAUGAACAAACUUAAACUGAGAGGAAUGAAUGCACUGUUUGGCCUAAGGAUUCAGAUUACAGUUGGUGAAAACAUGUUGAUGGGCCUCGCUUCUGCAACUGGUCUAUAUCUGAGUGCACUGCCCUCUCCAGGUGGUAUACAGAUUGCAGGGAAGACUCCAAAUGACUCUUCUUAUGAACAACACAUAUCAAAUAUGCAGAAAAAGAUCAAUGAUAUGAUCAUAAAGAACAGGGAGAUUUAUGAGAUAAAUCCACCUGAGAUCCUGGAGGAGCUGCUUGGAUCCCCAAUCCCAGAAACAAGGCAGCGUUCCAGGCUAUUUAGGUCCCAAUCAGAAAGUUCAGAUGAUGUUUCAGAACUGGAUCUUUCACAUGGGAAAAAGGAUGCCUUUGUGUUAGAGAUUGAUGAUGCUGAUGCUGUUGAAGAUAUUCACUCAUUGUUGACUGAUGCUCCCACACCAGCAGGCUUUUACAGUUGUAAUACAGAGGUUAUGCCAGGCAUCAACAAUUGGACGUCUGAUUUACAGAUGUUCACUUCAGUGAGAGUGUUCCGGCUAAACAAUGUCGCUAGUCUCACAUCACAUGGGCUUAAUAAAGCUUUUAGUGAUCUUUGUGAAAAUCUACUGAAGACCCUGUAUUUUAAACUACGAUCCAUGGUACCUUGCUGUCUUUGUCAUGUGAAUUUCAACGUUGCAUUACCAGAGGAUGAGUUAAUCCAGGUUGCAGUUACAGCUGUUGCAAUAACAUAUGACAAGGACCAAGCCCAAUACAUCACUAAGGUUUGCACAGACAAGACCGUCCUGAAAGCUUCCGUAGAGAACGAAGAUCAACUCCAGUUUACUUUGGAACUCUGCAUGGAAUCACAGUCUAGUCAGUCUGCUCUACACUUUUCACCUAGUAAGACUGCAGGGCUUACUGAAAUUGGCAACUUACAGCAAGUCACUCCAGCAGCACAAAGAGCCACCUCAGUUGAUUACAGUUCCUUUGCAGACAGAUGCAGCAGCUGGAUAGAGUUCAUUAAACAGAAAGCUCAGACCAUAAGACGUGGAUCAAUUAAAACAAUUGCUUCACUUGAUAAAGCAAGCCCUCUGGCUGAAGCCCAUAUACGUCAUCGCUCACCAAUAUCAUGUACAACCUCCACAGUCACUGUUGUGGAAAUGACCCCUCUCUCCUUCAUUCCUGGUGCCAAAAUAACCAAAUAUCUUGGAAUCAUCAACAUGUUCUUCAUUCGGGAAACCACAUCGCUGCGUGAGGAAGGAGGAGUUAGCGGAUUUCUUCAUGCAUUCAUUGCUGAAGUGUUUGCUAUGGUGCGGGCCCAUGUUGCUGCCUUGGGAGGGAAUGCAGUCGUGUCCUACAUCAUGAAACAGUGUGUGUUUAUGGAAAAUCCCAACAAAAAUCAGGCGCAGUGCCUUAUCAAUGUAAGUGGUGAUGCCGUGAACUUUUUUAGAGAUGCUGAUGUAGAGUCUGCACCUUCUCAUCCACAAGCAAGUGGUUUACAGACAGGAAAUGGUAGCGGAGAUGUAGUCACAUGAAACUGGUGCAGAUUGAUUACACCUGUAGGUACGUGUAUUUCUGGGAAUGAUGGAAGACCCUUUAUCUGUAUUUCCAACCUCUGCCAUUAUCCUCUGUAUGGAUAGGUGUACGUAAUCGUCGUACUGCAUUACACAGUAUGUAAAUGGCCUCUAUUGUCCUAUAUCUGUAGACUUGUGAUAGUCCUGGACAAAUAAUGGUCAACUUGUCACAUAUUCUGUUACCCAGGAAUUUCCUUUGCGUGUCCUUUUACGAUCUGGAGCUUUAGAUGAGAGGUGAGCUUUUGCUCUAAGUGUAGAAAUUAUUUAGAAGAAAGUCCACAAGAAUGGAACAAAUGAAAACCAUUCAAUUUAUUUCUGUUGUAGAAGUUGUUUCAAUAAAUGUAUGGUUUAAUACAAAUCACUAAGACCAAACAGAAAGAAGAGUGUUAAAAUUCAAAAUGGUACUAAAGUGUAUUUUAAGCCAAUGCUGUACCUGUAAAACUGGAUGUUUAUUUGCAAGUCCUGCUUUUUGUAAGAUUUAAAACCAGCCUUCAGUGAAAACUAGAAGUGCCACUAUCAAAAUGCUAUAACAACUUAGAGGUUCAGUGCCAGUCUGCAUGAGUUUUAGCUUAUAUCUAUAUGUACAUCCCAUAGAUGUUGUAAUAAGCCAGAGGUUUUCUUUGAUUAAGAAAAUUUUACAGGCUAGUUGGUUUCACAAAAAUUGUUAAAAUUAGAAAAUGUCAGAAGGUUUAGGAAUACAGUACCCAAGCACAUUUGUAGUUACCACACCCAGCAAAUGGUACUGUAUAAUUCUGCAAAUAAAAAAAACGGUAUUUUUAUAAUUCUCAAGAUUGAACUGUAAGAAGAUGAAAGCAUUUAAAGUCUGCAAAUUGCAGAACCAGAGUGCAUACACAGGACAUUUGAUUGUGGUUUUUCAAACUUAGUGCAUAAUUGAAGACUUGAAUGUACAGAACACUUAAUUUGUAAGGGUUUCAACAAUUCACUUGCUUUGCACACCUAAGUGCAUGAAAAUAAAAUUCACUGUUGCAGUAGUUUUGCAGGUUGUAACAAACAAGUAAUAGCAUGAAAAUAAAAUUCACUGUUGCAGUAGUUUUGCAGGUUGUAACAAACAAGUAAUAGCAUGAAAGAAAAUUGUUCCCUUAACUCCACCGGGAAAUAAAUAUUUUAUAAAUAUUUAUAAAUUGUUUCUUUUUUUAAUCAAUGCAAGCGGUCCAAUUUGUUGUUUUAGGUCAAUCUCAAUGGGUACGGUGCUGGUGGAUUCAUUUAUAUCACAUUGUUAUGAAAGAAUGUCAAAUAUAUAGAACUUCUGAAUUCUAUUUGCUCUGCUGCAGUAAGCUGAAUCUGAAAUGGAGUUAUUUCCUGCAUGUUUGGUUGUUAAAUCAAAAUAAUGUAUCCAAAAUUAUUUGGCAUGUGAAUAAUACAAUGUAUACCAGGAGCUCAGAUUCAGCUUUUAAAUAAACUGCUAUAGCACAGCCAUCUGCUUUCUUUUAAGAACCAGAA